AUAUAUAUUCCUCCCAUUUUUUUCUCUCUCUAGGGUUUUACAGCAGAACACUCCACCCUCUCCGAUCAAGGAAGAAAACUCGAGCACCCAAUGGCCACGUCAGCAAGGGUUUUUGGCAACAAAUGUCGAGCUCUGAUGGCUGCGGCGAAAUCCUCCGCCGCCGCCGCCUCCUCCUCCACCGCCGCCGCUGCUGCGAAUGCUCCCCCUCGUGCCACCGGCAUACUGAAGGUGCAAUCCGUAUCACCUGCUCUCGCGAAGUUUCUCGGAUCUCCCGAAGCAUCUAGGUCUGGAGCUAUAAAGCAAAUCUGGGACUACGUCAAAUCCAACAAUCUUCAGAACCCAUCCAACAAAAGAGAGAUCUUUUGCGAUGAAACACUGAAGUCCAUUUUCGAUGGGAACGACAAGGUUAAUUUUCAGGGUGUGGCGAAGUUGUUGUCCAACCACUUUCCGAAGGCAGCAUAAAGUAUGCUAGGCUAGUUCUCGUUAGUAAUUCUGCCCGAUUAUGUAAUUGCAGAUUGAAGCAUUUUGUAGCUGUUGUGUUUUAUGCUUUGUCGUAAUCCUGUCAGCACUUCUUUCUUUCUUUCUUUUUUGGUUUUUAGUUGCAAAAUUUGGUGCAUAUAUCGGAUUCUCUUUAUGCAACUCGGUUUUACGAUGGCAUGGAAAGCUUCACUCGGCAGAUCUUUUACUAAUUUUUCGUGAAUUUCUCCGAAGUUGACUAAUAUUUGUUGGCUUUUUUGGCCAUUCUGUUUGAAGGCUAUAUAUACUUUGGGUAAUAUUUGUUGUUGAUUGAAAUGUCAGCACAAGUUUCUUUUGUUGUGA